CGAGGAGCCAAGUGCCUGAGCGGCACCGGCGAGAAUUAGAGCGAAGGCAAGAUGGCGGACGUACUGGAUCUUCAUGAGGCCGGGGGCGAGGAUUUCGCCAUGGAUGAGGAUGGGGAUGAGAGCAUCCACAAACUAAAAGAAAAAGCGAAGAAACGGAAGGGCCGUGGCUUUGGCUCCGAGGGGUCUCGAGCGCGGAUGCGUGAGGAUUAUGACAGUGUGGAGCAGGAUGGCGAUGAACCCGGACCACAACGCUCGGUUGAAGGUUGGAUUCUCUUUGUCACUGGAGUCCAUGAGGAAGCCACAGAAGAAGACAUCCAUGAUAAAUUUGCAGAGUAUGGAGAAAUAAAAAACAUCCACCUCAACCUGGACAGACGUACAGGAUAUCUAAAGGGGUAUACUCUAGUUGAGUAUGAAACAUACAAGGAGGCCCAGGCUACUAUGGAGGGACUCAAUGGCCAGGAUUUGAUGGGACAGCCAAUCCGCGUGGACUGGUGUUUUGUUCGGGGUCCACCCAAGGGCAAGAGGAGAGGUGGCCGAAGACGCAGCAGAAGUCCAGACCGGAGGCGUCGCUGACCCACUGUGUGUUGUUCAGGUGUUCUCUCCAGAAAUUGCAUUUGACAAUGCACCCUUGGUGAAAUAGGGCUGGGGUGGAACUCUCUGUGUUUAUAUUUAAUCUUUUAUCCUAUGCUGGUUACUGUUUCGUUUGAGUUAUGGGUAAAUGUCCAAUUUUUGUUUUCUAAAAUUACUUUCCUAUUUUAGUAUUGCAAGCUCUGAAGCACUACUUACAGUAAGGCAAAUCAGGGACUGAAUU